CUGGAUGGUUUCCAGAGGCAUUUCGACUCUCAGAUCAUCACGUACGGCAAACAAGUUAUUCUGAACCUGGUGAAUCAGAAAGGCUCAGAGAAGCCGCUGGAACAGGCCUUUGCAAAGAUGGUGAACAGUCUGGGCAACGGCAUGAUCAAGUACGUGGCGUUUGACUUCCACAAGGAGUGCAGCCGUAUGAGGUGGCAUCGCCUGCAGAUCCUGGUGGACAUGGUGGCGGAAAUGCAGAACGAGUUCGGCUACUUCCUGGUGGAUUCGGACGGGACGGUCCAGUUACAGCAGGACGGGACGUUCAGAAGCAACUGCAUGGACUGUCUGGACCGAACCAACGUCAUCCAGAGUCUGCUGGCGCGCCGCUCGCUGCGGUCGCA